AUGCGUCUCUUCGGCAGCCGUCGAGCCACCGACGUCGCUCCCUCUCCCACCACUGCCACCGCUCAACCUCACUACACCUCCCCCUCCCCCACCUCCACCUCGCGCCGCGGUUUCUUCGGCCGCCGCCGCCGCCACUCCGUUUCCCCUCCCCCCACCCGGAAUUAUGAUAAUACCAAUGGUAGCAUCGAACGUCGCAGCAUGUUCGCCCGACGCCACUCCCUCUCCCCCUCCCCCUCGCGCCGCGGGAUGUUCGGACGCCGUCGCUCGACCUCCUCGUCGUGGUCCCCGACGCGUCGCGCGCACGGAAGCAAUCUGUUGAGUCGGCGCCAUGAGGACGCGGGCAUCGUGGCGGCGCGGGAGAGGGUGCUGGGGGCGGAAGCGGCGGAGCGGGAGGCGGAUCGGGCGUUGGUGGGGGUGAGGGCGGCGGUGAAGGAGGCGAGGGAGCAUGUGAGGAGAUUGGAGAGGGAGGCGGCGGAGGAGUCGCGUCUUGCGAAGAUCAAGCGGAAUCAGGCAAGGAGUAUCUCAAAGCGGGCGAAGCCUCUUGGACGUCACGGCCAUAUUUAG